AUGCACUUUGAUGAGUGGAAUGCUUACUUAGAUAUUACUAGUAGAUUGAGAUUUUUUUACUCUACUGUAAACCACAGUGAGUCAUUUGUAAAUGCCUUUACAGGUGUUUAUACUCAAAAUAUUGAAAGUGCCUGGAGUAGAUGUAAGUAUCUAUGCAAGAUGCAUAAAGGAGUUUUAGCAUCAAAGAUGGAAUUAAUUUUAAAUAAUUUAUGUGGAAAACCAUCAUUGGUCACUGUAGUAACUCUGUUUCUACAAAAGAUUCAUUUUUAA